AGCCGAAGAAGAAAAGAGAUCAACGCAGCCGCAGCACUGCGACAGCUAACAGUUAGCUCUACCGGCUAUGGAAUCAGUAAACCACAAAUUAUGAUACCUUAAGUGUGAACACCGGAGGGAGGGAAAUAAAACUACAAAAUCCAAUCUGAUAACGUGUUUGACAUAGAUGCUGUGAGCAGCCAUCCAGGAUGUAUGCUGUGUACAGACAGGCCCACACCCCCACUGCAGUGGAGUUCUCUGUCUACUGCAACUUUAUAUCCAGUAAGGAGAAGAACUUGGUGGUAGCAGGAACAUCUCAACUCUUUGUCUACAGGAUUAUCCAUGAUGUGGAGAGUUCAUCAAAGUCUGAUAAGUCUGCAGAUUCCAAGUCUCGUAAGGAGAAGCUGGAGCAGGUUGCAUCCUUUUCUCUUUAUGGAAAUGUUAUGUCCAUGGCCAGUGUGCAGCUGGUGGGCGCCAACAGAGAUGCGCUUCUUCUCAGUUUCAAAGAUGCCAAGUUGUCUGUAGUGGAGUAUGACCCCGGGACACAUGACCUCAAGACCCUGUCUCUUCAUUACUUUGAGGAGCCAGAACUCAGAGAUGGCUUUGUACAAAAUGUACACAUUCCCAUCGUCCGUGUAGAUCCAGAAAAUCGCUGCGCUGUCAUGCUUGUUUAUGGCACCAAACUUGUGGUGUUGCCAUUCAGGAAGGACACGCUAACUGAUGAGCAGGAAGGAGGAGUUGGAGAAGGGCCUAAAUCCAGCUUCCUGCCCAGCUAUAUCAUCGAUGUGCGUGAGCUGGACGAGAAGCUGCUGAACAUCAUUGACAUGAAGUUUCUACAUGGCUAUUAUGAGCCCACUCUGCUCAUCCUGUUUGAGCCCAAUCAGACCUGGCCUGGGCGCGUGGCUGUGCGUCAAGACACUUGUAGCAUUGUCGCCAUCUCCCUCAACAUCAUGCAAAAGGUCCAUCCUGUCAUCUGGUCUCUCAGUAAUCUGCCGUUUGACUGUACGCAAGUUAUGCCGGUUCCUAAGCCCAUCGGUGGUGUGGUGGUGUUUGCUGUGAAUUCAUUGCUUUAUUUGAACCAGAGUGUUCCACCGUAUGGAGUUGCUCUCAAUUCUCAAACAGUUGGCACCACAGCCUUCCCACUGCGUGUACAGGAUGAAGUGAGGAUCACGCUCGACUGUUCGCAGUCAGACUUUAUUGCCUACGACAAGAUGGUUAUCUCUUUAAAAGGAGGAGAAAUUUACGUGCUGACCCUCAUCACAGACGGCUUGAGGAGCGUGAGAGCUUUCCACUUUGACAAAGCCGCUGCCAGUGUCCUGACAACCUGUAUGGUAACCAUGGAGCCCGGCUUCCUUUUCCUUGGUUCUCGCCUGGGAAACUCUCUGCUCCUGAAGUACACAGAGAAACUACAGGAGACGCCACCAGAGGAGGGCAAAGAAAAGCAGGAAAAAGAGAAAGAGAAGGACAAAGACAAACAGGAGGAACCACCGAGCAAAAAGAAACGAGUAGAAUCUUCCGCUAACUGGACUGAUGAGGUGGAUGAGAUUGAAGUAUAUGGAAGUGAGGCCCUAUCAGGCACUCAGCUGGCCACCUACUCCUUUGAGGUUUGUGACAGCAUACUCAACAUUGGACCGUGUGCAAAUUCCUCCAUGGGAGAACCUGCUUUCUUGUCAGAGGAGUUCCAGGGCAACCCUGAGCCUGACCUGGAGGUCGUCGUCUGCUCUGGUUAUGGCAAGAACGGUGCACUAUCUGUGCUUCAGAGAAGCAUCCGACCACAAGUGGUCACUACUUUUGAGUUGCCAGGUUGCCAUGACAUGUGGACGGUCAUCUCAAGUGAGGUCAAGGAAGACAAAAAAGCUGCUAAAAAUGACGAGAUAGAGGACGGGGGAACAGAGACAGAAAACAGUGAGGAGGGCGAGGAAGGAGAAAAAAAAAAGGACGAGAAGGAGAAAGAGGAGGAGAGGAAGACAGACCCUCCUCUGGAGGACGAUAAAAAGAAGCACGGCUUUCUCAUUCUGAGCAGAGAAGAUUCUACCAUGAUCCUUCAGACAGGUCAGGAGAUCAUGGAGCUGGACACCAGUGGUUUUGCCACGCAGGGACCCACCGUGUUCGCUGGAAACAUCGGUGACAACAAGUACAUCAUCCAGGUGUCACCUAUGGGUAUUCGACUGCUCGAAGGAGUCACACAGCUCCACUUCAUCCCCGUGGACCUGGGCUCUCCCAUAGUGCAUUGCUCCGUGGCUGACCCUUUCGUGGUGAUCAUGACAGCAGAGGGAAUAGUCACCAUGUUUGUGCUAAAGAUUGACUCGUAUAUGGGGAAGACGCAUCGGCUGGCUCUGCAGAAACCACAGAUCCCAGCUCAAUCGCGUGUCAUUACUCUGUGUGCAUACCGAGACGUAAGCGGCAUGUUCACCACGGAAACCAAAGUCAGUUCCUCCGCCAAAGAAGACAACAUCAUGAGGAGUCAGUCUGAGGCAGAGACCAUCAUCCAGGACCUCAGUAACGUAGUGGACGACGAGGAGGAAAUGCUGUACGGAGACUCCAGCGCCAACGCAAACUCCACAAAGGACGAAAUGAACCGCAACUCUGCGGCAAUGUCUGGAGGUGAUGGAGCCUCAAGCAAAGCUGAGCCCACACACUGGUGCAUGAUCAUCAGGGAGAGCGGUGUCAUGGAGAUUUAUCAGCUGCCGGACUGGAGGUUGGUCUUCCUGGUGAAGAAUUUCCCAGUAGGUCAGAGGGUGUUGGUGGACAGCUCGUCCGGCCAGUCAGCAGCACAGGGGGAGGGCAAGAAGGAGGAGGUCACUCGGCAAGGAGAGAUUCCGUUAGUCAAAGAGGUGUCUUUGGUUUCACUUGGCAACAAUCACAGCAGACCGUAUUUAUUGGUUCAUGUGGAACAGGAGCUUCUGAUCUAUGAAGCGUUCCCGUACGAUCAGCAGCAGCCACAAAACAACCUGAAAGUCCGCUUUAAGAAGGUGCCGCACAACAUUAACUACAGAGAAAAGAAAUCAAAGCUCAAGAAAGAUAAGAAGGCAGAGGGCGGAGCCGCAGAGGAGAGCGGAGCUGUGAAAAGUCGGAUUACCAGGUUCAGAUUCUUUGAGGACAUCUCUGGAUACUCGGGGGUGUUCAUCUGUGGUCCGUCUCCUCAUUGGAUGCUGGUCACAUCUCGCGGAGCUUUGAGGCUUCACCCCAUGACCAUCGAUGGCUCCAUCGAGUCUUUCUCCCCCUUCCACAACAUAAACUGCCCUAAAGGCUUCCUGUACUUCAACAAACAGGGUGAGCUGAGGAUCAGCGUCCUGCCCACAUAUCUGUCCUACGAUGCCCCCUGGCCAGUCAGGAAAAUCCCACUGAGGUGCACGAUCCACUACGUCUCUUACCACGUCGAAACCAAGGUGUACGCUCUGUGCACCAGUGUGAAAGAGCUCUGCACUCGUAUCCCCAGGAUGACGGGAGAGGAGAAGGAGUUUGAAACCAUAGACCGAGAUGAUCGUUACAUUAAUCCUCAGCAGGAGAGGUUCUCCAUCCAGCUCAUCUCUCCAGUCAGCUGGGAGACCAUUCCCAACACACGGAUCGACCUGGAAGAGUGGGAACAUGUGACCUGCAUGAAGACGGUGGCACUGAGGAGUCAGGAGACAGUGUCAGGCCUGAAGGGCUACAUUGCAGCCGGGACCUGCCUGAUGCAGGGGGAGGAGGUGACCUGCAGGGGGCGGAUUUUGAUCGUGGACGUGAUUGAAGUGGUGCCAGAGCCCGGUCAGCCCCUUACCAAGAACAAGUUCAAAGUCCUGUAUGAGAAGGAGCAGAAGGGACCAGUGACGGCACUGUGUCACUGCAACGGAUACCUGGUCUCCGCCAUCGGACAGAAGAUCUUCCUGUGGGUCCUGAAGGACAAUGACCUGACCGGCAUGGCCUUCAUCGACACCCAGCUCCACAUCCACCAGAUGAUCAGCAUCAAGAACUUCAUCCUGGCCGCUGACCUGAUGAAGAGCAUCUCACUGCUGCGGUACCAGGAGGAGAGUAAGACACUGUCGCUCGUCAGCAGGGACGCAAAGCCACUGGAGGUUUACAGCAUCGAGUUCAUGGUGGAUAACAACCAGCUUGGAUUCUUGGUGACGGAUCGAGACAAGAACAUCUAUGUCUAUAUGUAUUUACCUGAAGCUAAAGAGAGCUUUGGAGGACUGCGUCUGCUGAGACGAGCCGACUUUAACGCCGGCGCUCACAUAAACUCUCUGUGGCGGAUGCCGUGCAGAGGAGCACUGGACGCUGGCAGCAAGAAGUCCCUGACCUGGGACAACAAGCACAUCACCUGGUUCGCAACCCUUGAUGGAGGCGUUGGCUUGCUCCUCCCCAUGCAGGAGAAGACAUACCGACGACUGCUGAUGUUACAGAACGCCCUGACCAUCAUGCUGCCUCAUCACGCCGGUCUUAACCCAAAGGCCUUCAGAAUGCUGCACAGCGACAGGCGUGGCCUGCAGAACGCCGUGAGAAACAUCCUGGACGGAGAACUCCUCAACAAGUACUUGUACCUCAGCACCAUGGAGCGCAGUGAGCUCGCCAAGAAGAUAGGAACCACUCAGGACAUAGUUCUGGAUGACCUUCUGGAGAUCGACAGAGUAACAGCUCAUUUCUGAGCCACAUUCCUUCCUCCUCCACCACCACGUCUCUUCCACUGACUGCUGUUUUCUAUCCAGUGUAAGCAAUGUUUUGUACGGUCGUCUCUGUGAAAACCUUAUUUCGUUUUUUCUUACAUGUCAGACAAAAACAGAGGGCAGUUGUGUUUUCUUAGAUUAUUUUGUAUUAAAAAC